CCCCUCCUCCACGCUUGACUGACUGUCCCAGCUCCCUAGCCUCUCGUCCUGCUGUACCCGGUCGGGGACUCUCCCUGCCCCAGAUGUACCUUCCUGCCCCUCCCCCAACCCGUUACCCCUACUAUCCGGCAUUCCCCCAACUCACUCUUCAGGGAGCAGCCUUAUGAGUCUUGCACCUUGUGUGCCCAAAUGUCUACCACCGAUUUUGUCAUGUAAGGGGAGUUCGGUAACUAUUGCGUUUUAGAAUGAAUGAAGGCAGGAAGGAGGCCUGGAUUAGGUAGAAGCACUCAUUCUCAGGUUCAGUUUCCCUUCUGCGGGAGCAGUGUCUUUUGCAAACAUUAGACAACUACCCUGUGCCAGGGCCUAGAGGCUAGGCUGAGGAACUGUCCCCUCCCUCUGAUCACUUUGUGAGGGAUGGGUGGGGGAGGGGUGUGCUAGUGCUUCCUGUCUGCUCUCUCUGGGCUGCUGAGGCUGUUUGAUUCUUUGGGGACCACUUUGCUUGGAGGUGUUUUUCCCACAUCUCAGGAGUAAUUCUGGAGGGCCUCGGGUCAUGUGACCCCAGGUGUUGGAGGGAGGGACUGGCCAAGGCCUGGGGUUUUGAGGUUAAAGGACACAUUCUUUAGAUUCCUGAAGGGGAAGACGGGUGCCCCCUCCCUAAUGGUGGUUGGGUGUUGGGGCAGUGGUCAGACUGUUGAAGUGGGCAGAGAAGUUGAUGUGACUUUUCCAGAGAUGGUCUCCCCCUCACCCAAAUAGCCGUUGGUUACUUGGUGCCUGGAGUGAGGUGGUCUUUCCUGGGUUCACAAAGUGUGUGUAGUCAGUUGUGGCCAGUGGGCUGGGACUGUGUCCCCGUGGGCUGUUAGUGGCUGUAUGUGAUGGCAGGAGGCCCCAGUCAGAUCCCGGAAGAAGCCUGGCUUUUUUGAUUCAGUGCCUGUCUCCGGGGCUCCUCCAGGGGUGUGAUAAAUUUCUGUUGGAGCCAGCUCCUGGGAAUUGCUUUUCCUUCCUCCAGGACCCUAGGAGGGGGUUGUACUCACCCCGGGAACAGUGCCACAGUCAGGAUCUUGAUUCCUGGGUAGCUGCUGGGAGCCCCUCCCCCACUCUCUGACUCACUGUCUGACACUUUUCUUGGACUGUUUCACUAUCUUUCAUUCCCUUUUUCUGCCUUGGCCUCUCCUUGUCUCUGGCUCAGUCUUUCUGUCUCAUCUGCCUCUGCCUCUGCCUCUGCUAGCACUAUAGCUGCAGGUAGGACAGGGGAAUGUGAGAUCAGGAGCUCUCCUUGCUUUUCUUACCCAAUAGAGAAGGAAAUAAUUUCUCAUUUGAUUCCAGAUCUGUAGAGCCUAAGAGAUUCAUCGUUUAAAUCUGAAGUAGGACUGCAGUCUUUGUGUAACUGUUUCCUGGUGUGCAGCUUUGUAGGUUAUAACCCACUCAGCCUUAGUGUCCUGUAGAUAUCCCAGACCCAGAGCCCCAAGCCUGGGUGUCCAGCCCAAGCCUGCUCUCUUGAUACCUUAAUCCCUUUGCUCCUUAGAUGCUUGCACUGGUGCUUCCUGCAACCUUGAGCAACCUCCCGCUUCUCUACCCUCGGAGCCACCUUUUUGAGAGUAUUCUUGCAGGAAUCCUCUGGCAGAGGCUAGGAGGGGGCAGGCAUGUGCACCACCACCCCCAAAUUAACUGCCUGGAGCAGGAGAAGGUCACAUUGAGACCUUGUGUGCAUAAAGAAUGCCUCUGUGUGGAUACUUGAGAUGCAGGCUGGCCUGCUUGCUUCUGACCUUGUCAGGGACUCUCUCUGCCAGGCCCUGUUCUAGGUACAGGCACAUUUGACCAGGCAGAGCUGCCCUAAUCUUGUGAGGUUGACAGGCAGUGAGGCCAUUGCACUGUGGUCAGAUAACGCUUUGGUGGAGAAAUUCCAGGGCCUUUGGGAGCUGUCUUUCUUAGUUUGGGCUUCUGUAACAAAAACACCAUGAUGUGGUGACUUAAAAGUAUAUUUCUCAUGGUUCUAGAGGUUGGGGGGGGGUGUCCAAGAUAAAAGUGCUCAUCUGGUAAGGGUCCCUUCCUGGUGUACAGAUGGACACUUGUCAUUGUCCUCCUGUGGUAGAGAAAGAAGCUGUCUCCUACUCAUGAUGUAUUACCUCUCAAGGCCCCUCCUCUGCACACCGUCACACUGGAGGUUAGGGUUCAAGGUAGGAAUUUGAGAAGCCCAGAGAGUUAAGGGGGUGGAGUUGAGGACUCAGGAUGGCCUUUUGGAGGUGACUUUGGAAAGGAAAUAGGUUUUAGUUUUUGCAGAGACCAAGAGGUGGGCAGCACAGGCCAUUAGGAAAACAAGUUGAGCUGAAGCAUGGAGAGAGGCGUGUGGAGUCUUGCAAGAUGACUUUGGAAGGGAAGAAGCAGUGGUCAGGCUUACUUCAGGUGCUCAGAACUCUGGAGCCUCGGGGCAAGCUUCCCCCAGGGAAGCUGUUCUGAGCAUGGGAAUGGCAGGUGGAUGUUCGGUUUAAUAUCAUCAUUCUGCUUGCCUACUAAAGAACAGUUGGAGGGGGAGGCUAGGCCCAGAGAAGCAAGGGCCUGGAGCUGCAAUGGUGGGGACAGAAACAUGUUUAAUUUUCUUUCUGUGUUAACAGUUUUUUAAGGAUAAUGCAUAGAUCACUGAUUUCAUUAGCGGACUUGGGGGUGUUUUCUGGCAUCCCUGGGGAGGGACCUCAAAGCCUUGGAACAUGCCAGGCAAGCUGUGUAUCGCAGGGUUCAUCCCCAGUAGGUACAAAAACAUAAGGGUAAUGAACUUUCCUUACAUGGUGAUGGGGUCCAAUCCACAUCUUCAUAUACACUAAGCAAGUGCUCUACCAUCCCGUUACUGUACCCCCAGCCCAAGCUUUACAAUUGAUGAUGACAUAGAUGGAAGGCAUAAAGUAUACGAAUCUUACAUGCACCUCUAGAGGUGUUUUUAGUUUUAGGCACUCAUAUAACCACCAUCUAGACUAACAUGGAACAUUUUCACCCUCACCCUGAAAAUUCCCUCAUGACUCGCUAUUUAUUGUGUGCCCCUUCCCCUGGGAAGCACCAUUCUAACUUGUGUAGUUUCUCCUUGGUUUUGCCUUUUCUUGAAUUUCAUGUACAUACAUUUUGUUUCUGGCUUUUUUUCACCCAACAUAAUGUCUGUGAGAUUCAUUUGUGUUGUGUGUAUCUAGGAGCUCAUUCUUUUUCUACACAUUCACAGAACACUUAAUGCUGUCAAAAGAACUUGACAGGUGUUCAUAUAAACACUCAACUCUCUGAGGUUUUAAACAAGGCAUUGGGGACACAGGUGUGAAGGAACUGAGCAGGAUCACCCAGCCGCUUCACAGCCAGGCUGGGGGUUGCAGCGCAGGCAUUCUGUUCUGGAGCUGAGGUUCUGAUGCGACACUAGAUGGCCUCCAGGAUCCCCGCUAAGUCUGCGCCUGUCCUUGUGUGGAUUAAGUGACAUGUGAACGCUCAGGACUGAGGGCCUGGAUGUAGAGGGAGGGAAAGGAAGGAGUUGAGGAUGGUUGCAGGUUUCUGGCUUGAGCAACUGGGUGGGUGGCAGUGCUGUUACUAAGAUAGGAAACACAGGAAGAGGAACAGAUGGCAUAGGGGGUGGGGAGCACAGACAAGGGGUUCAGUUUGGGGCCCGUGGAAUUGUAUGUUUUCAGGGGAAGGCCAAGCAGACAUGCACAUUGAGCAGUUGGUCCUAGGGGUCUCUGACUGGGCAUACUUAGGGAGAAACUCAGCACCCAAUAUAUGGCAUUGGAAUUGGGGGCACCCUGGGGUCCCCAUGGGACUGUGGUGGGAACAGGAUGUGUGCUGUUUGUCCAUGUUGUAUGUUUCCCUAUGUCUGAGUGUCCCUGUGUGUGUGUAUGUGUGCCUGACUCUGGGUCACCAAACCCCCAUCUCCUGGGAGAGCCCAUAGGUCAGCUGGGAGCUAAGUUGUUUUUAUUUGUGGUUUGCCCCAGGGAAGGGGAUGCUGAGCCUGAGAAACUACCCCCGGAAACACCUGUGCAGCCUCUUCCCCUAGCCCAGGGUGGGAGGAGGUGGCUGAGAUGGGAGAUUUUCUUUUUGUACUUGCUUGGGGGAGGCUGGCCCUAGGGUGAAUUUUUACCGAGUUAAGCCAUUUACAGCAAUGCCCCAGGAUUCUGGGACUCUGGGAGGAUGGAGAUGGCUGACUGUCCCCAGCUCCCCAGAGGACCCUUAUCCCACCAUGACUGGACCGCUGAAGAGGAAGUUUGACCAGCUGGAAGAGGACUCUUCGUUUUCCUCCCCUGCCUCCUCGGGGUGUCCCUCUCACUCCUGCUCGCUGAGCUUUUCGGUCUCCCCUGCCUGGGACUCCGCCGAGCGCAGCCCCUGGAGUCCUACACCUCCGCCGGCCCGGGCCAUCUAUGGCCCCCAAAGCUUCACCCCGCUGUCCAUCCUGAAGCGGGGUCCUCGGGUGCGCCCAGCCCGUGUUGCCUUCGACGGCAUCACCGUCUUCUACUUUCCGAGGUGCCAGGGCUUCACCAGUGUGCCCAGCCGAGGAGGCUGUACUCUAGGCAUGGCCCCUCGCCAUAGUGCCUGCCGUCGUUUCUCCUUGGCUGAGUUUACCGAGGAGCAAGCCCGGGUCCAGCGAGAGAAGCUCCGGCAGUGCUUGAAGGAGGAGAAGCUGGAGACGCUGCGGAGGAAGCUUUCUGCAGCUGGGCUCCCAGAGACAGAGGCUGGCCAGCCCCUCACAGUGGACACCAUCGACGAUGUUUCAGUGGAAGAGGACUUGGCAGCGGCUGUGGCAAGUGGCCGUCUGCAGGAGGUGAACUUCUUGCAGCCCUACCCAGCACGGCAGCGGCGGGCUCUGCUGCGGGCUUCGGGUGUGCGAAGAAUCGACCGUGAGGAGAAGCGGGAGCUGCAGGCACUGCGGCAGUCCCGGGAGGACUGCGGUUGCCACUGUGACAGAGUCUGUGACCCUGAGACCUGCAGCUGCAGCCUGGCGGGCAUCAAGUGCCAGAUGGACCACACUGCCUUCCCCUGUGGCUGCUGCAAGGAGGGCUGUGAGAAUCCCAAGGGGCGUGUGGAGUUUAACCAGGCACGAGUGCAGACCCACUUCAUCCACACGCUCACCCGUCUGCAGCUGGAGCAGGGUGCGGAGAGCCCUGGGGAGCUGGAGGCCCCUCUGCCGGGCAGCUUGCCCGGCUCCUGCAAGCCGGCCACAGUCUCCGCAUUCCCCCUGGCCAAGCCUCCUGUGAGCAGCGAGCUGGGAGACAACAGCUGCAGCAGUGACAUGACUGAUUCUUCUACCGUGUCUUCGUUGUCAGGCACCAGCGAGACCCCAGACCUCCCCAGCCACUCAGGCCUGCCUCGCUCUGCCUGCCAGCCUGGCGUGGAUGAUGACAGCCUGGCGCAGAUCCUCAGCUUUAGUGACUCGGACCUCGGUGGGGAGGAGGAAGGGGACGAAGCAGGUGUGGGGAACCUGGACAACCUCAACUGCUUCCUCCCGGCUGACAUCUUUGGUACUGGAGACUCUGUUGGGCUGGCCAGCUGGACCCACAGCUACUCAGGCUCUAACCUCAUGUCUGGUGUCCUGGAUGAAAAUGCCAACCUUGAUGCCAGCUGCUUCCUAAACAGUGAAAGCAGCCUUCCUGGCACCUCAGUGCCACCCAGCGUGGAUGCUGGCCAGAGCAGCUCAGUGGACCUCAGCUUGUCUUCCUGUGACUCCUUCGAGCUGCUCCAGGCUUUGCCAGAUUAUAGUCUGGGACCUCACUACGCCUCCCAGAAAGUGUCUGGCAGCCUGGACAGCCUUGAGGCUCCACACUGCCCUGUGCCUGGCUUCUCUCCAGCCACAGAAUCCAGCAUGUGCUUCCUGGAGUCCCUCAUGGGCUUGUCUGAGCCAGCUGCCGAGGCUCUGGCCCCCUUUAUUGACAGCCAGUUCGAGGAUGCUGCCUCAGGGUCUUUGGAGCCUGUGCCGGUGUGAGGACCAGGCUGCCAUUUCCCUGCCCCAGGAGCCCAGUGCUGCUUUUUUGUGAUUUUGGGGCUCCCCAAGGUUUAGGGGUAUCAGUCUCCCAUUGGCUGGCCCAGCUACAGGCACUCCUGGUUUCACGCAGUGCCCAGUUUAUUUAUUUUUAUGGAUUCUUCAUGCCGAUGAGGGUGGGGAGGGGAUUUCGCCCUUCAGCCUGGUUCCCCCACCCAGUGCUCUUCCACCUUCACAGCGUGGGCCAGAAAGAUGACCCCUUUGGGCCUUUGAUGUUCCUAGCCCAAAGAGGGCAAGGCAGGGCUAAAAUCAGCCACCGAUGGCUUCCUGUUUGCUCUGGGCCAUGGGUGGCUGACCCUCUGGACUGUGAAGACUAAUUUAUUUCCGUAACUUAUUGGGCUGCUGAGACGGCUCUGGCUGGUGGGCAGUGCUGGGAGCGAGGCCCUCUUCGUGCUCCACCCUGCCUUACUCCGCUGGGCUUCGAUGGAGACCAGAGGUGGAUCUCCUUUGUCAGUUGCCUGACUCCUGGAUGGCUGAGCCAGUGGGGCUGGGCUGACCGCCAUGACCAAAACUCCUUCUGCCCUCUCCAGCCCCUCUGUUUCUUGCCCUCUGGCCGUCUCCCCUCUCCAGAGGCCGAGGACACAGGAGGCAGGCCCAGGAGAGUAGCAGGCUUGUCUCACGACUAUAGCAUGUCCAGGCCACGUCUCAGGCUUUCCGGGCCAGUUGGCGAGGGUCACUCCUUAGGGUUCUCAUGCCCUUUGUUUGCUUGUACUUAAUUUUGCAUCCAUUUUUAUAUUGUCCCUAAGUAUCAGAACUAUAAUUUAUUCAUUUCUCUGUGUGUCUGUGCCAAGAAGCCUGGGCUCUGGGCUGCUCCUUGCCAGCUUGGGUGUGGGAACACAUCGUACCUGACCCAACAGGUACCAAUAAAGAGGCUCUAUUUUUAA